AUCUAUAUAUGCAUCUGAUUCCAUCAAAAUCACUCUAGAAUCUUCUCUGCAAAGCUAUAUUUCACCAAGAGAAUGGAGCAGCACCAACCAGUAGCAGCAGCAGCAACGGUGAAAAUGGACACCGUCUUAUCUUGCUUAGAGAAGGACAUGCAACAGAUGACAGACACAAAAGCUAGCAAGAAUAGAAGAAGAUUCAACGACGACCAAAUCAGGUCACUUGAAUUCAUGUUCGAGUCAGAAACCAGACCAGAAUCACAGAUAAAACAGGAGUUGGCUAAGGAGCUUGGUUUACAGCCUCGCCAGGUUGCUAUAUGGUUCCAGAAUAGGAGAGCUAGGUCAAAGACCAGGCAAAUUGAACGGGAUUACAGCAUACUAAAAGAAAACUAUGAAUCUCUACUUUCCAGAUAUGAAUCGUUGAAAAGAGAGCAUCAGUCAUUGCACAACCAGUUGCAAAAAUUGAGGAGUCAGUUGGGGAAGGAUCAUGGAAAUAAAUUCUAUGAAACAAACCCAAUUGAAAACGGCAAUGAUACCAAACAUCAGACUCCACAUGCCAUGUUUCAGCCAAAGGAGAAGCAUAGCAUUCUAAAGGAAAGCAAUGGUAACCUACUUUCAAGUGAAGAUAACCGCAUGGGUGCUGAGAUGAGGAAAGACGAUUGGGUAGUUCUCAAAAUGAUAGAGGCCACGGAUGUUUCCUUAACUUCAACACGGAAUUGGUCAAGCUUUGAGUCUAGUUUUCUUGAUCAGUCAAGUUGUAGUUCAAAUUGGUGGGAACACUGGUAGUUAAAAUUUGAAUAAUAUAAAUAGAGAUGAUAUUUUUCC